UUUUACUGUAGUGGCAACAGUUGAACAUCUGAUACGAACUUCUAUGUGUUGAGUGUGCAUCCAAUAUAAUUAUGUAUAAAAGUGCUAUUUUUCUACUUUUUAUUAUUGUCAACAUAUCGAAUAAGUAUGUAAUCGCCGAAAAUGACGAGAAUAUAUCGACAGACCUGUAUGUUAUCGAAGGAAAAGUAUUUCCAUGGGAAAAUGGAGCUCCAAGUGGAUGGCAAUUAAUGACUCAUGUCAUGGCUAAUGGUGGAGAACAUUAUGGUUUCUUAAGGGAGGAUGGAACGUUUAUUAUUUCAAAUGUACCAUCAGGAUCAUAUGUAAUUGAAGUUGUAAAUCCAAACUGUGUUUAUGAACCUGUUAGAGUAGAAAUUAAUUCAAGGGGAAAAUUCAGAGCAAGGAAAGUUAAUUUGAUUCAGACAUCUCAAGUAAUACAAGUUCCAUAUCCAUUAAAAAUGAGACCACUCACACCAUUCCGUUACUUCCAAAUUAGAGAACAGUGGAGAGCAACUGACUUUUUAUUUAAUCCCAUGGUUUUAAUGAUGAUAUUACCAUUAUUGCUAAUUAUGAUUAUACCAAAAAUCAUGAAUGACCCUGAAACUAGGAAGGAGAUGGAGCAAUUAAAUAAUUUCACCAAUUAUAAUAUGCCAGAAAUGUCUGAAGUAAUAACAUCAUUCUUAUCUGGUGGGGAGAAACAAAAAGCAAAAGCAGUGAAAGCUGCAAAGAAGAGACAAUGAUUAAAAUGCAUAUAGAAUGUAUGUUUGCACAUUUGCUCUAGUCUUUUGAUUGUUAAUCAGAUUUCUAGAAAAAAAGUUACUCUUCUCACUUUUUUAAUUUUCACGUAGCAUUGUUACAUUUGAAAACAGGUAACAGAGAAUUUUAAAAUGUUAUUUUCAUGCAAAAAAUUAAAUAUAUUGAUAUUAUAUUACAUAACUUAGUACAAAUUAUAAU